CACAAAGGCUGCAUUCCAGAACUUUGUUUUCCCAGGUGCACGGGGCUUCGCUGCAGAGUUGAACAGCCUCUGUUCUCCCCCUAGCGGCCACAGGCUCCCACUGCAGGCCACUCUUCCCCAGGGUCUCCCGCGACGCCUCCUUCGCGGGCGGUGCGAGGCACUGCGCAGGCGCGGAACGGCAGAGGGCGUGAGCGUGAGACCCCGUGGCGGGGACUUCGCCGAGUUACCGGUUUCGGAGGUUCUGGCUUCCCACCGUCGCCUUUUUCCCUCGCCUGAAGUUUCACUGAGGCGUCUGGGUUGGAAGCGUACUAACGGACGCCCGUGCACCACUGAGAAGAAGAAAUGGAGCAAGAGCCACAGAAUGAAGAACCUGCUGACAUUAAGAUUAUCAAGGAAGCCUAUAAGAAUGCCUUUUUAUUUGUUAAUAAAGGUUUGAAUACAGAUGAAUUAGGGCAGAAGGAAGAAGCAAAGAAAUACUAUAAGCAAGGAAUAGGACAUCUGCUCAGAGGAAUCAGUAUUAUAUCAACAGAACCUCAACACACAGGCCCUGGCUGGGAAUCUGCUAGACAGAUGCAACAGAAAAUGAAAGAAACACUACAGAAUGUACGGGCCAGGUUAGAAAUUCUAGAGAAAGGUCUUGACACUUCUCUACGAAAUGAUCUCCAGGAAGUACCCAAGUUAUAUCCGGAAUUUCCACCUAAAGACAUGCAUGAAAAGUCGCCAGGGCCUCAAUCCGCUACCCCACCUCCUCAGCAUACUGAAGUAAAUGGUAACACUACAACUACAAGUUCAGGACUCACUGCUGCACCAUCUUCUCUAGCCUUACCAUCUUCAAGCUGUCCAUCAGAAGCUCCUCCUGCUUAUACUCCGCAGGCUGUGGAGGGUCACUACACUGUGUCUUAUGGAACAGAUUCUGGCGAAAUUUCAUCAGUUGGAGAAGACUUCUAUAGGAGUCAUUCUCAGCCACCUCCUCUUGAGACCUUAGGGAUGGAUGCAGAUGAACUGAUUUUGAUACCAAAUGGAGUGCAGAUUUUUUUUGUCAAUCCUGCUGGGGAGGUUAGUGCACCUUCGUAUCCUGGCUACCUUCGAAUUGUGAGGUUCUUGGAUAAUUCUCUUGAUACAGUUCUAAACCGCCCUCCUGGGUUUCUUCAGGUUUGUGACUGGUUGUAUCCUCUAGUUCCUGAUAGAUCUCCAGUUCUCAAAUGUUCAGUGGGAGCCUACAUGUUUCCUGAUACAAUGUUACAAGCAGCUGGUUGCUUUGUGGGUGUGGUUUUAUCCUCUGAGCUACCAGAAGAUGAUAGAGAACUCUUUGAGGAUCUAUUAAGACAAAUGUCUGACCUUCGACUCCAGGCCAACUGGAAUAGGGCAGAAGGAGAAAAUGAAUUUCAAAUUCCUGGAAGAACAAGAUUCCCCUCUGACCAAGUGAAAGGAGCGUCUGGUAGUGAUGCGAGUCAGUUGGACCCUUCAUUAGGCCAAGGCAAAAAGGAUGGGCAUCAUAAAGGAAAACAUAAGAAAAAGACUAAAGGUACUUCAAAUGAAGACAUUAAUCUGAGUCACAUUGUACCCUGUGAGCCAGUUUCAGAAGAAAGAGCAAAAGAAUUGCCUGAAUGGAGUGAGAAAGUGGCUCAAAACAUUUUGUCAGGUGCUUCCUGGGUGAGUUGGGGUUUAGUCAAAGGUGCUGAGUUUACUGGCAAAGCAAUCCAGAAGGGUGCUUCUAAACUCCGAGAACGGAUUCAGCCAGAAGAAAAGCCAGUGGAAGUCAGUCCAGCUGUCUCCAAGGGACUUUAUAUAGCCAAGCAGGCUACAGGAGGAGCAGCCAAAGUCAGCCAGUUUCUGGUUGAUGGAGUCUGCUCUGUAGCAAAUUGUGUUGGAAAAGAAUUGGCUCCACAUGUUAAGAAGCAUGGAAGCAAACUUGUUCCAGAAUCUCUUAAAAGAGACAAAGAUGGAAAGUCUACUCUGGAUGGUGCUAUGGUUGUUGCAGCAAGUAGUGUUCAAGGAUUUUCAACCGUCUGGCAGGGUUUAGAAUGUGCAGCUAAAUGCAUUGUUGACAACGUUUCAGCCGAAACUGUACAAACUGUCAGAUACAAAUAUGGGCAUAAUGCAGGAGAAGCUACACACCAUGCAGUGGAUUCUGCCAUCAAUGUUGGCGUAACUGCCUAUAAUAUUGACAACAUUGGUAUCAAAGCAAUGGUGAAGAAAACUGCAAAACAAACGGGACAAAAACUCCUUGAGGACUAUCAGAUAAUUGAUGAUUCUCAGAAGGAAAGUGAAGAAGAAACAUCAGAUCCAAACAUGAGAAAACAGAACAAUGAGAAGAAAGAGGCAAAGAAGAAAGAUAAAUGAUGGAAGUGAUGGAAACUGCCCAUACCAAAGCCUUACCGAAUGGAGGAAAUUUUGUAAAACAGGCAAAUGUGGAAUUCUGCACAGAUUAACCAGUAUUUUUUAAUGUAUUCAUUCAUAUCAAAUGACUGCCAUAAGUAUUCUGACAUGUAUUCCACUUACAAGGAAAACAAUCAGCAUUUUUGCAUCUGAUCUUAGAAAUAAUGCAGUGAUAGGGCUAGGGAUUUAGGUCAGCCAUGUAAGUGCCUGCCUGGCAAGCGCAGGGUCGCAAGUUUGAUCCCCAGUACCAAAAAAAAAAAAAAAAAAAAAGAAAGAAAGAAAGAAAAAGGAAUAAUGAAAGUAUAUUCUCAGUAAAUUUAUUUUUGCCCUGAAUGUGGUUAAAAUAUUUUUUGUAGUUAAAGCUCAUAAUACAUGAAAGUCAUGAAUCUCACUAUACCUAAUGUUAAUAUUUUUCUACUAUCUUUCAGGAAGAAAAGUAGGAAAUUAUAUAUUUACAUAAAAUGUGUUUAGUAACCUCAAUAAUACUAUAUUUAUACUGGGAAAGAAUGACUUCCAAACAUACUUUCUUUUUGCACUAACUGUGAAUCUCUUUAGGUGCUUGUCAGAAUUUUCAGUGUUUAAGCUAAAUAAAAACUAUAAACAAAUAAAAAGAAUUUUCAGCCUACAUUUUAAAACAUUUUCAAAGAGGAAGAGAUUGAUCAUGGAAAAUAAAAAUGAAGCCCUGUAAAACUAUUUGGUAGCUCACCUGUUAGGAUAUGAGGUCUUUUUCAUUUAAAAGGAAUAAAAAUACAUCUUUAUGUCUUCUGGAUUGUGACUGGUAUUGAUGUAUUACAAACUUAGGAAAUUUUGCAGUAUUACUUGUAUUUAUUAAAAUUCAAACUAAUUAUCGGCUUAAUUGAUUAAAACCUUUGUAAAAACUAAAGUAGUUGAAUUUACUGAUGGUAAGUACAUUCUUACUUUUUGAUUUAGUCAUUGGAAUGUAUAUUUAAAAGCUAAUAAUCUACAAGGAUGGUUUUUUUUUGUGAUCAAGGCAAUGAGCUAUCAUCUGUAUAAUCAUUUUAAACCCCCUACUGGUUAGUUAAUUAGACUUUAUUUAAAGCUAACUAAAGAAUGCACUUCGUGAAUAAAAAAUCCUCUGACUUGCUUGGCCUCAAGUGUAUUUACUGGGCUUGUGAUUCAGGAACACAGAAUUGGUAGGGCUUUUUCUAAAGCCAGUGAUAAUAGUUGUGAAAGUGGAAAUAAAGUUGAAUUGGUAAAUA